AUGGGCAUCAGGAUAUCUCUUUGGGCUCUCUAUGCCCUAAAUUUGUUCUAUAUAUCUAGCAGCGCAACUCAACAGCCAUUACAGACCGUCCUAGAUGCCGCCCCGAAACGGGUGGCUGUCAUCGGAGCAGGAGCUGGAGGCUCAUUUGCCGCACAUGAAUUGCGCAAACUCGCCGACGCCUCAGGUAUUCCUGUCAAUGUGACUGUAUUUGAGCGUGCUUCGUAUGUCGGUGGUCGUUCGACAACGGUCGAUGCUUUCGAUGACCCCGCAUAUCCAAUCGAACUGGGCGCUUCAAUUUUUGUAGAGGUCAAUCAAAUCCUCAUGAAUGCCUCAUACGACCUUGGUCUCUUCGUCCUCGGCGCAGAUCAUGCCAGACCUAAACAGACUGCCGACUCUAUAGGAAUCUGGGAUGGCUCCCAGUUUGUAUUCACAAUGAAGGAUUCCUCUGGCUGGUGGAAUAUUGCCAAGUUACUCUGGCGAUACGGACUGGCCCCGUUACGUACUCAGAAUCUGAUGAAGGACAUUGUCGGCAGGUUUCUGAGGCUAUAUGAGGAGCCACUGUUUCCGUUCCGAUCUUUGUCGGAGGCAGCAGCAGCAGUCGAUCUAGUCAAUGUGACCGCUUCCCCGGGCAGCAACUUCCUGGAUGCAAACUCAAUCUCAGAGUUAUUUGCCCGGGAGAUUAUUCAAGCAAGCACGCGAGUGAACUAUGGCCAGAAUAUAGCGCUGAUCCACGGGCUGGAAUCCAUGGUCUGCAUGGCAACGGAUGGCGCGGUAUCUGUUCAUGGUGGGAACUGGAGGAUAUUUGAUGGGGUAUUGAAGGCUGCUAAAACUGAGGUCCGAUUGAACACGACAGUUACUAAGAUUGCGAGGAGCAAUGAAGGUACUGUGCGAAUUACCUCUAAGUCGACUUCUGAUCUCGAAUCUGCACAGUCAGAUGAAUCGGAAUUCGAUGAAGUUGUAAUCGCUGGACCGCUGCAAUACUCCGGUAUCUCGAUCUCUCCACCCCUGGAGCAUACACCGGAUAAAAUACCAUAUGUUCAGCUUCACGUCACCCUUCUUGCUUCGCCGCACCGGAUCUCAUCUCAAUUCUUCGGCCUCGACGAUAAGAACUUCCAGCCCCCGGAGACUAUUUUAACGACACUUCCCGAGGGACUUGACCUUGGGACAAACCCGAAGGGUGUCGGGCCUUCCGGGUUCUGGAGUGUUAGUACGCUCCAAGAGGUACCUCGAAUUAUCAUGAAAGACGGCCAGGAGCAGCUAGAGAAUCACUUCGUCUACAAGAUCUUCUCUCCAGAGCGACCAACCGCUGACUUCAUUGCCAAACUAUUCGGCAUUGAAUAUCACCGCGCUUUUGACUCGGAUAUCACAUUUCUCAAGAACUCAACCAUCGAGGAUCUCCCCAAGAGCGAGGUUAGCUGGUUCCACGAAAAGGUAUGGCAUCCGUAUCCUCUUAUGUACCCUCGUGUGACAUUCGAGGAGGCUCUUUUGGCGCCUAGUGUCUGGUACACUAGCGGUAUUGAGAGCUUUAUCUCAACAAUGGAGACGAGUGCUUUGAUGGGUAGAAAUGUGGCAGCACUUAUGGUCCAGUCGUGGGAGAGAGAGAUAGAUGAGAGAGAUGGCCAAGGUUCUUCAAGCGGAAGAGCCGAGCUCUAA